AUGUCGGAUGCAACUGAAAGUGAUGUAGAAGAACUACCUACAGAUGGCGAUGAGUCAUUUUCAAGCGAAAAUUUGGAAGAGGAGAGUAGUUAUGGCCUAGAGGAGGAAGACGAAGAGGAACUUCAAGAGGUUUUGCUCUCAGAAGAUUUUAUCUCUACGCCCUAUCUAAGUGAAAACAGCACAGUCCCUGAAAAUAUAGUGGAGUUCAAUCAUUCAUUUGGAUAUGAAUGUAAAAAGUACUUCAAUUUAUGUGCUGUUGACUAUAAAACACUACUGUUUGCCUCAGGAAAUAUUUUACAUUUUUAUGAUGUUGAGGCAAAGUUGCUGUGGUUUCGACGAAGUUCACAGGGUGGUGGGAUUGGGCAUAUAACAAAAAGCCCGUGCAACCCACAUUUUGCUGUUGGUGAGAAAGGAACUAACCCUGACAUCAUAAUAUAUGAGUGGCCAACAAUGGAUAUAGUUGCAGUACUUAGAGGUGGCACAACUAGGAGCUACACAUGUUUGAAUUACAGUCCAGAUGGUGAAUAUCUUUGUUCACAAGGCGGUGAACCUGACUAUUUCUUAACGGUUUGGAACUGGAGGAAGUCAAGAAUUUUAAGGCAACAGAGAGCUUAUGUACAAGAUGUUGUAAAUGUUAUGUUUUCUCAAUAUCUGACUGGACGUCUCACAACAGGAGGUGCUGGUCACAUAAAAUUUUGGAAAAUGGCCAAGACUUUCACAGGCCUCAAGUUAAUGGGUGUUUUAGGAAGAUUUGGGAAAACAGAGAUCUCUGACAUUAUUGGAUUCUAUCCUCUGCCAGAUGAGCAGGUGAUCUCUGGUUGUCAAUGGGGAAAUAUGUUGCUGUGGAAUGAAGGUCUUAUUAAACUGGAAGUAGUUGGCAUGGGAAAUAAUAAAUGUCAUAAAGGUCCAAUAACACAAAUGUUUCUAGAUGGAAAAGAGUUGGUGACAGUUGGUAGAGACGGCAUUAUAAACACUUGGUAUUAUGAGAUCAUUGACAAAGCAGAUCCUACAGAGGAGGAAUUCAAACUAGAAAUGAAACCCUAUUACUCUUUUGAAAUUGGAUCUGGUCCGAGAAAAUCAGAUUUGAUAUUUAUAGUUAAGCAGUUCCCUGAGGAUCGAGAAAGUACAUAUUGGUUUGCACAGGAUGCAAAUGGCAGGAUCUGGAGAAUUGAUCUGCAGCGUGUUGGCUGUAAAGCACCUCAAGAAAUUUUCCUUUCUCAUGCAGGUGCUGUUGUUGAUAUGGCAACUUCUCCUGUUGGGCCAUAUAUUGCUACACUGGGCUCUGAUGGCCGACUGUUUGUGAACAACUACUUAAGAAAGAAACUAGUUCUGUGGAAACAAUUUGAAAUUCCGGGUAGUUGUCUGUUAUGGGUCCCAUUAUCUUUGGAUAGAACAGGAAGCAUUCUUAUUGUUGGCAUGUCUGAUGGUGUUUUACGUAUUGUUGUUGUAUCUGCACAAGAGUAUGAGAUGUAUGGUGGAGAGAAUCAGGAUGCAUAUGUAAAUCUAAUUGAAACAACCAAGCCCCAUUCAAAAACAAUAACAAAAAUAACUAUCAACAAGAAAGGAAAUUUAAUAGUUACAGGAAGUGAAGACGCAACUGUGUUUGUGUAUCAGAUUCAGCGUAGAAGAGAUGUUGUGGCUUUAAAUCCUAUUGGUUUUGUACCAACACCGGGUGGUGUUUCAUAUCUAGGUUGGAAAGAAAAUGAGGCCUCAACUUUAAUGGUUGGCUGUAGCACGGGGCACUAUAUGGAAAUGAUAUUACCUGAAAGACCUGUCUUUUACACAAAGAAAACUUUCAGAUUAAGAGUUGAAUCAAGAGUUUUACAGUUCAAGUCUGUGAAAUCAAUGAUUCGAAGAGAGAUUAAAAUCAAAGAAAUAGAAGCUAAGAAAGAAAAGAAGCUUGAGAAAAAAAGAGAAGAGCUAAGAAAGAUGAGGGAGGAAAACCCACAUCUAGAUAUUGAUGAGGAAACAUUUUUUGAGGAUUCAGAGUCAGAAGAAAAAUUAGAGCCUCUGUACUUCCCAGAAGUACCAAACUCUGUACUGUUUGCUGUGUAUGUUGCACCAGAUAUAAUUUGGUUAUCUAUGGGAGGUUAUGAUGCAGGCUAUAUGUAUGAAUAUAAAUUUGGUGAAGAAGAUCCUGUGUGUUCCACUAUGAUAGCUGAUGCAGAUGAUAUUGAAAUAAACUAUUUUUUGUACAGCCCUGACAACCAAUAUGUCAUACUUGGGAUGCAAGAUGGAAAAAUUCGCAUUAACCGUGUUAAACCAAACUAUCGUGAUAUGACAGAUUACUGGCUACUAUCAAUGCAUGAUAAUGAUAAUGGAGUUAUCACACGUCUCUGCUUCAGUAAUGAUCUUUCAUACAUGUUUUCUUGUGGCUGUGAUGGAAAUACAUAUAUGUACAAUUUCAAUCUAGAAAUUCCAAUGGAUGUUGCCACAGAUAUAAAAUAUAUCAUGCGAAUGGGAGCUCCAAAAGACAUAGUGGAAGACAUAAUUGGUGAAGAAUGCUCUAGUCUUGAAGAAACAAAACUUCAAGCUGAGUAUGACAGAAAAAUGGAAGUUGCAAAUCAAAGAAAACAAGGAGUUUUGGACUUACUCAAAAGUUACCAACAAACAUUUGAGUCACUACUGAAGAGAAAUCAGCAACUUCCUGAAUCUCAAGUUAUUCCACACGAAGAAUUUGAGAUCGAUAAAAGGAUUAGAAAAGAUAUGGAAGCAGAGUUGGAUAGCUACUUUCAGAUGAUGCAUCGUAAAAUAGAUUUUAUAGUGGAGAAAAGUACUCUGGGCCUUCAUAAAGUUCAAGAUUAUUUCUUAAAUAGCUUGGAUUCUCAAAUUAUUACUGUUUUGUCCUUGAAGUACGAGGCAAUUCUUCGUGCAGUUGACGAUAACCCUAAAGUCCUCGUCAAAUUCACUUACUUCUCAAGGGAUGACUUCAAACCACCGACAAAAGAAGUAGAAGAGGAAUUGGAAAGGAGAAAAGAAUUCUCUGUUCUGUCUAUUCUAAAAGGCUUGAAUACUGAAUCACCAGAAUUUAAACAAAAUCUAAGACUGAAGAAGCUUGUACAGAAAUAUUAUGAACAGAAGAAUAAAGUUGAAAGAAGACAAGAUGAGUGGAUACUACAUAACAAGAAGAAACCAGAUCCUACACAGAAUCAUCCAGAUGAUGUUGCAGCUAUUGAGAUUGCUGAACAAACAAUUGGCGAUUUUAAAUUAAAAAGUGCUGUUGAUUACAUUGUUCCAAAGCAUUUGAGGGUGACUACUGUGAAAAAGUAUGAUGAGCUACUUUCAUGCAGGGAAAAGCUUUAUUAUAUCAAGAAAGAUUACAAUGACAAAUUGUAUGCACUAAGGAACAGCAAAGUGGAGCUUAUCAACAGAAUUAAGCAUUUGCACAGAUAUAUUAAGAACAUACAUACAGAAAUUCCUGAUGAUAUGAUUAAAUUCCCACCACCUGUUCCAGCUAUCAAUGAAGAUAUAGAAUUUCCUGAAAGAGAGUUUGAGUUGAAAGAAGGAGAGUCUGAAACCCAUACUGUACCCCAAGAAACACAAGUUGUUGAUGAAGUAAAUGCAACAUCUACUACAAAUGAAGUACUAGAUAUCACCUUUGAAAUACUGUUAACUGAAGAUAAUGAAGCUGCGAGAACUGAAUCAAGCAGUUCAUCUCUCGCAAAUUUAAUGUCACGUUGUUACACAAUGAGUACACAAUAUGACAUAGCAAAGGUGACAGAGUUACAGGAUGAUGACAAACAGUCAACUUCUGUGGAAGAGGAAUUCAAGUCUUUCAGAGAAUCCAGGAAGGUUUUUGAACAAGAGCAAAUAAUUAGAGGCAUUUAUGAUUCCUUAAAUGAAUUUGAUGAAUCUGUCAGAAAACUACAAGAAGAAAAGAUAAAUGUGGAAGUUGAUGCAAAAUUGAUGGAGUUGCAUGUAUUAACUCUGCACCAUGAGUUAAUAAUAAUAAAAAAAUUUGAAGCUACAGAAGAUGCCCUUUCAAACAAGGUUUCAGCAAAGCAUGCAGAAAAUAUUGAAGCUCAAAAUAAAAUACAACAGCUACAGACAAAUAUUGAUUUUCGGAAGAAGGAGAUUGAUAACUUAAUGGAAAAAGAGGCUCAAUUAUUGUCCACUCUCAAUGAGGCACUAGUUGAUGAACCAUUUGCAGAUUUCCUUAGGAAGAUAUACAAGAAGAAAUACAAAGCACCAAAGGUCAAAGAAGAUGAUGAAUCUGAUGAAGAGUCAUCAACUUCAGAAGAAAGCUCUGAAGAUGAGGAUGAAGACCUUGGAAGUAUAGAAUCAGGAGAAAUAGGACCUAUAAAACUUGAUGAAACAAUUUGUCCUGAAGGAUGUAACAGAAAUAAUUAUGACCUGGCAUUUCAGCUUCGUGCAAAGAGGUAUGCAAUUGAGCAAGAUGUAGCAGAAGAAAAGAAGAUGAUUGAGCUCUUAAGAAAAGAAACUGAGUCUAGUCAGAAGAAAUUGAAGGCUGAUGAAGCCAUGUUGAAGGAAGUCCAAAUAGAGCUGGAGAAGUUUCAGCGUGAGAAACAAAGAAGACUAAAUGAAGUGGAGGCUACAGUGAUACUUCGACUAAACCAGUUGCAGUAUUUCAAUGAUUUGAGAGCUCCAUUCCAAAAACUUGAUGAUAAAUUGCUAUUCCUGAAUUUAACAUUAAAAAAGCUCUAUAACCGUGUUGGAGAGCUACGAAUGGAGACUCUUGAGCAAAAGGAAAGGCACAGGAAAGACAAGGAACAUCACAAGCGAAUGUCGUCUGACUGCCGGCAAAUGGCGCUUGAUGCUGAAUCUCUAAAAAUCGAGAUUGGGGAAGCAAUGCUACAGAAAUUUGGGCGGAAACUGAACUUAAAGCAUUUAGCGGAAGCAAUUCUUAAGAAGCAUAUUUCGGAGAUGCGAUCCUCUGUGAACAAAUUAAGGCAAGAGUACGACAGAAAAGUUUUUAAAAUGCAGACUGAAGUGCAAGAGAGAGUGGAAGCUCUGUCUCGAAUUAUUCAACAGAAUACUGAAAAGAAAAAUCUACUGAUCGUCUUGGAAGCAGAGAAAACUAAACUAUGGAAACUCUUAAAUAAACAAAAGACGAAGCAGGGCGGAUUAACUGCGGCGAAGUUGACAGAAUAUUCAAAAGACUGUGACGUAUUAAACGAUGUAUUAAGAAGUCAAGAAUUGGAAAUGGAGGCUCUGCGGAAAGAAAUGAGAAUGUUCUCUUUCAAAUCUGAGCCGCUGCCGCCCAUUUCACCUUCGCCUAUUACCGCAAGUCCUGUUCAGACAAUUGCUGACAUUACUCAAAAACCAAAUAGUAAUUUAAAUGAUGAAGUCAAUCAGUGA